UUCCCUUGCCAAUCACACCUCACUUCCGGUCUGUGCGUUCCACCCCACUUCUGGCCGUUGCGUUCCACACACAGGAAGAGAGUUUUUUUCUUUCGCGGCAACCUCCGGGUUUCCCUCGAGCGGGAGUCAGUCGUAAAGCAGGUUCCUAUAAGGUGUCCGGAUGUCACUGUCCAUCUCUCCAUGCAGGAGUGGGAGUAUAUAGAGGAACACUGGGGUCUGUACAAGGACUUGAUGAUGGAGAAUCACCGGCCCCUCACAUCACUGGAUGGACCCAGUAACAGAGAUACCCCAGAGAGAUGUCCCCGUCCUCUGUAUUUCCAGGAUUUUACAAAGGAGAAUCACAGGAUCCCACAGGAGGAUCAGGAUGAGCACCUUUCUGAUAUGAAGGCCGAAGAUGUAGAGGGAGAAGAAGAGACGUACGUGACUGAUAUGAAGGCAGAAGAUAUACAGGGAGAAGAGACGUAUGUGACUGAUAUGAAGGCAGAAGAUAUAGAGGGAGAAGAAGAGACGUAUGUGACUGAUAUGAAGGCAGAAGAUAUAGAGGGAGAAGAGACGUAUGUGACUGAUAUGAAGGCAGAAGAUAUAGAGGGAAAAGAGACUUAUGUGAUUGAUAUGAAGGCAGAAGAUAUAGAGGGAAAAGAGACUUAUGUGAUUGAUAUGAAGGCAGAAGAUAUAGAGGGAAAAGAGACUUAUGUGAUUGAUAUGAAGGCAGAAGAUAUAGAGGGAAAAGAGACUUAUGUGAUUGAUAUGAAGGCAGAAGAUAUAGAGGGAGAAGAAGAGACGUACGUGACUGCUAUGAAGGCAGAAGAUAUAGACGGAGAAGAAGAGACGUAUGUGACUGAUAUGAAGGCAGAAGAUAUAGAGGGAGAAGAUUCGUAUGUGACUGAUAUGAAGGCAGAGGACAUAGAGGGAGAAGAGACGUAUGUGACUGUUAUGAAGGCAGAAGAUACAGAUGGAGAAGAAGAGACAUAUGUGAGAAGAGAUCGGAAGUGUAAGGAAGAGGAAAUCCCUACAGAUAUAAGCACAGCAGAUGGAGGCACAAGCAGGAAUUCCUUGGAGGGAGAUCUCAUCUUGUCUGCAGAUAGUAAAAUAGAAGAUAACAUCACACAGGAUUCUCCAGGAGACAUCCCCAUUACUCUAACUAUACAUCCAGUACCUCACAGUGCUGAUACUUCAUCUGAUCCCUGUAAUCGCGAUGACUGUUCAUCUAAUACCUCAGCUUUUGUUACACAUCAUGCAGCUCAUACAUGUGAUAAAAUAUUUCCCUGUUCUGAGUGUGGGAAAAGUUUUGCACGCAAAUCACAACUUGUUAUACAUCAGAGAAUUCACACAGGUGAGAAACCAUUUCCAUGCACUGAGUGUGAGAAAUGUUUUCCACUCAUAUCACAGCUUGCUAGACAUCAGAGAAUUCACACAGGUGAGAAUACAUUUCCAUGCUCUGAGUGUGGGAAAUGUUUUCUGUGUAAAUCAGAACUUGUUAUACAUCAGAGAAGUCACACAGGUGAGAAACCAUUUCCAUGUUCUGAGUGUGGGAAAAGUUUUGCAGGCAAAUCACAGCUUGUUAGACAUCAGAGAAGUCACACGGGUGAGAAACCAUUUCCAUGCUCUGAGUGUGAGAAAUGUUUUCCAGUUAAAUCACAGCUUGCUAGACAUCAGAGAAUUCACACAGGUGAGAAUACAUUUCCAUGCUCUGAGUGUGGGAAAUGUUUUCUGUGUAAAUCAGAACUUGUUAUACAUCAGAGAAGUCACACAGGUGAGAAACCAUUUUCAUGCUCUGAGUGUGGGAAAAGUUUUGCAGGCAAAUCACAGCUUGUUAGACAUCAGAUGAGUCACAUGGGUGAGAAACCAUUUCCAUGCUCUGAGUGUUGGAAAAGUUUUGCACUCAAAUCACAUCUUGUUAGACAUCAAAGAAGCCACACAGGUGAGAAACCAUUUCCAUGCUCUGAGUGUGAGAAAUGUUUCCCACUCAAAUCACAGCUUGCUAGACAUCAGAUUAGUCACACAGGUGAGAAACCAUUUUCAUGCUCUGAGUGUGGGAAAUGUUUUAUGUGUAAAUCAGAACUUGUUAGACAUCAGACUAGUCACACAGGUGAGAAACCAUUUCCAUGCUCUGAGUGUGGGAAAUGUUUUCUGUGUAAAUCAGAACUUGUUAGACAUCAGAUUAGUCACACAGGUGAGAAGCCAUUUCCAUGCUCUGAAUGUGAGAAAUGUUUUCCACUCAAAUCACAGCUUGCUAGACAUCAGAGAAUCCACACAGGUGAGAAUACAUUUCCAUGCUCUGAGUGUGGAAAAUGUUUUCUGUGGAAAUUCGAACUUGUUAUACAUCAGAGAAGUCACACAGGUGAGAAACCAUUUCAGUGCUCUGAGUGUGGGAAAAGUUUUGCACUCAAGUCACAGCUUGUUACACAUCAGAAAAGUCACACAGAUGAGAAACCAUUUCCAUGCUCUGAGUGUGGCAAAAGUUUUGCACUCAAAUCACGUCUUGUUAGACAUCAGAAAAGUCACACAGGUGAGAAACCAUUUCCAUGCUCUGAGUGUGGGAAAAGUUUUGCAGGCAAAUCGUAUCUAGUUAAACAUCAGAAAUCACACAUGAGAGGAUGGGAUACAAUCCCCAGAGUAAUGGCUGCCAUGAAGGAACGCAGAAGAAAGAUUGAUUAUUUAGACUUGACCUUGGAAAUGAUUGAUAAUACAAUACAAACAUCAAACUAUGUGAAAGAAGUGGGCAGUGAUGCCUAUCUUCAUUUUUCAAGUGCCCAUUUUGCCCCAUGGAAGGAGAAUAUCCCUAAAGGGCAGCUGUUGAGAGUUAAGCACAACUGCUCUAGAAAAGAAGUAUUCGUUCAGCAAGCCCAAACCAUGAUGAAUUCAUUUGAUUCAAGAGGUUAUCCAAAGGAAAUCCUCGACAAAGCUUUUGAAGAUGGUGAGCACCUUUCUGAUAUGACGGCCGAAGAUAUAGAGGGAGAAGAAGAGACGUAUGUGACUGAUAUGAAGGCAGAAGAUAUAGAGGGAGAAGAGACGUAUGUGACUGUUAUGAAGGCAGAAGAUAUAGAGGGAGAAAAAGAGACGUAUGUGUGGAGAGAUCAGAAGUGUAAGGAAGAGGAAAUCCCUACAGGUAUCAGCACAGUAUUCAUCCAAUACCUCAGAUUUUGUAAACAUCAUGCAGCACAUACAUGUGAUAAAAUAUUUCCAUGCUCUGAGUGUGGGAAAAGUUUUGCACACAAAUCAAAACUUGUUAUACAUCAGAGAAGUCAUACAGGUGAGCGACCAUUUCCAUGUUCUGAGUGUAGGAAAUGUUUUCUGUGUAAAUCAGAUCUUGUGAGACAUUACAGAAAUCACACAGGUGAGAAACCAUUUCCAUGCUCUGAGUGUGGGAAAAGUUUUGCACUCAAGGGACAGCUUGUUAAACAUCAGAAAAUUCACACAGGUGAGAAACCAUUUCCAUGCUCUGAGUGUGGGAAAUGUUUUCUGUAUAAAUCAGAACUUGUUAUACAUCAGAGAUGUCACACAGGCGAGAAACCGUUUCCAUGCUCUGAGUGUGGGAAUAGUUUUGCAUUCAAAGCACAUCUUGUUAGACAUCAGAAAAUUCACACAGGUGAGAAACCAUAUCCAUGCUCUGAGUGUGGGAAAUGUUUUAUGUAUAAAUCAGAACUUUUUUUACAUCAGAGAUGUCACACAGGUGAGAAAUCAUUUCCAUGCUCUGAGUGUGGGAAAUGUUUUCUGUGUAAAUCAGAACUUGUUAGACAUCACAGAACUCACACAGGUGAGAAACCAUUUCCAUGCUCUGAGUGUGGGAAAAGUUUUGCAUUCAAAUCACAGCUUGUUAGACAUCAGAGAAGUCACACAGGUGAGAAUACAUUUCCAUGCUCUGAGUGUGGGAAAUGUUUUCUGUGUAAAUCAGAACUUGUUAGACAUCACAGAACUCACACAGGUGAGAAACCAUUUCCAUGCUCUGAGUGUGGGAAAAGUUUUGCAUUCAAAUCACAUCUUGUUGUACAUCAGAAAAGUCACACAGGUCAGAAACCGUUUCCAUGCUCUGAGUGUGGGAAAAGUUUUGCAUUCAAAGCACAUCUUGUUAGACAUCAUAGAUGUCACACAGGUGAGAAACCAUUUCCAUGCUCUGAGUGUGGGAAAAGUUUUGCAUUCAAAUCACAUCUUGUUAUACAUCAGAGAAGUCACACAGGUGAGAAACCAUUUCCAUGCUCUGAGUGUGGGAAAAGUUUUGCAAGCAAAUCACAGCUUGUUAGACAUCAUAGAUGUCACACAGGUGAGAAACCAUUUCCAUGCUCUGAGUGUGGGAAAUGUUUUCUGUAUAAAUCAGAAUUUGUUAUACAUCAGAGAUGUCACACAGGCGAGAAAUCAUUUCCAUGCUCUGAGUGUGGGAAAAGUUAUUCAGGCAAAUCACAGCUUGUUAAACAUCAGAUAUCACACAGAAGUAAAGCAUUACUAUGAGCUGAUACAUAACAGGGUUGAAGCAACACUCCAGUGACACUUUAAGUUACCCAUCUACAUAUAAUUGGAAGGUGUGUCAUUAAUAUAAGACUGGAAAAUAUCAGUCAGAUAAAACUUACUAAUUCUAUAUACUCGCGUAUUUCUCAUACGUCCUAGAGCAGUGAUUUUCAACCUUUCUUGACUCGAGGCACGCCGAACAAGACUUCAAAAUUCCCAAGGCACACUAUCGGUUACCCACGAGGGAAAAAAACAAAAACAUUGGCCCCCACAGAUAUAAAAUAAGCACAUUGGUCCCCACAGUAAUUAAACACAUUGGCCCUAACAGUUAUGAAGCACAUUUCCCCCACAGGUAUAAAUCAAACACACUGGCCCCUACAGUAAUUGCACACACACUGCCCCCCCCCAUCCCCUUGUAAUGGCACUCACAGCCCUCACAGAAAUGGCACACACUGCUUACCCCUGUAAUAGUAAUAACAGCCCCCACAGAAAUGGCACACACUGCUUACCCCUGUAAUAGUAAUAACAGCCCCCACAGAAAUGGCAUACACUGCUUACCCCUGUAAUAGUAAUAACAGCCCCCACAGAAAUGGCACACACUGCUUACCCCUGUAAUAGUAAUAACAGCCCCCACAGUAAUGGUACACACACACACUGCCCUCCCCCUCCCCCCAUGUAAUAGUACUCACAGCCCCCUCUUUAAUGUCAGCCUGAAGUACUGCAUAUCCGAGCUGGAGUAGUAUGAGCUGUGCAGGGCAGUCCGUAGCACACAUCAGCACCAAGCGCGGGCGGAAAUGCGCACGUCACCAUAGGUCACGGACCGGGCAGCAGGAGAGCUGACUGUGCUGCCGUGCAUGACUGCUGGAGGACCCAGGUAUCUCUGGUGUGCGGCGGAGGAGCACUGUCGGCGGGCGGCGGAGCACUGUGCAGGGCAAUUCUGGUGUCCGGUGACCGGCAGGCUGCGGCACACCUGACAACUGCUGGCGGCACACUAGUGUGCCGCGGCACAGGGGUUGAAAAACGCUGUCCUAGAGGAUGCUGGGGUCCACUUCAUGACCAUGGGGUAUAGAUGGUUCCGCAGGAGCCAUGGGCACUUUAAGAAUUAUCAAAUGGUGUGAACUGGCUCCUCCCUGUAUGCCCCUCCUCCAGACCUCAUUUUUAGAAAUGUGCCCCGACAGACACUGGAUGCACACCAGGGAAGCUCUACGGAGUUUCUCUGAAAAGACUUGUUAGGUUUUUUAUUUUCAGGGAUUACUGCUGGCAACAGUCUCCCUGCUUCGUGGGACUGAGGGGGCAGAAGUAUGAAUCAACUUCCUAAAGAGUUUCAUGGCUCUGCUUCUGGUGACAGGACACCAUUAGCGCCUGAAGAGUACUGAACGCUAGCCGUGUCUAGAUGCUCACUCCCACAGCACGCCAUCACCCCCCUCACAGAGCCAGAAGACAGGUGAGUGUAAGAAGAUAGAUCUUCAAUCAACAUAACACACAGGGUGCUGGGCGCACGGGGGGGUGGGCACCCUGGGCAGCAAAAUACCUUACAAACUGGAUAAAAGUGGGCAUAAGAUGCCCAGGCACAGCCCUACCCCUGCCAGUAUAAAUAUUAUAUGAACAUUUUUGAGGUGAAAUUGCACCAUUGCGGGGGCGGAGCUUCCUCUUCAGUCAGCCAGCACACUGCUCAGCGCCAUUUUCACUCAGGCUGCAGAGACAACGCUGGUCCUCCUCCACUUCUGACUACAAGUAUCAGGGUGCAAAGUGGAGGGGGGGGCACAGCGAUUUUGGUACUUUACAGGUGUAUUUACAUUGUAAAACAGCACGGCAUGUCAGUGUGCAUUUUGUGUUCACAGACAUAUACUGGCGCUGGGGAUGUAAACUGGCUGCUCCUAAACUGUGUCCGUCUGGCAGAUUUUAAUGUGGGUCUGUCCCCUACAAGUCCCAGAGUGUCUGUGUGUGUGUAAUACUCGAGUGUGACAUGUCUGAGGCAGGGAGUUCUUCCCCGGAGGAAACCAUUUUAGGGACACACAGUUGUAAUGUGGUGGCGCUGCCGGCACACCAAGAGCCUGCAUGGGUGAAAGAAAUACGUGAUAGUAUGCAUCAUUUCAAUAGGAGGUUAAAUAUGUCUGAAUCUCAUGCAGAAUGCUGGAGAAAGUCUGUGGAAGAUGUGAUUUUUCAGGGUUCUGUUCUUCCACCCGCAGGCGACUCCUCUGGGUCACAUAAGAGACCGUUUGCAAAUAUUGUAAAUACUGAUAACGACACGGACACUGAUUCCUGUGUCGACUUAGUGACUCCAGGGAAAUAGAUCAUAAAUUGGUGAAAAAUAUACAAUAUAUGAUUGUGGCUAUAAGAGAAGUUCUGGAGGUUACAGAAACCACUCCUGUACCUAAGGAGAAGGCCUAUUUCUAUAAAGAAAAGAAAUCUAAGGUUACUUUCCCUCCUUCCCACAAGCGAAAUACUCUCUUUGAAGGGGUGUGGGUGAAUCCAGAAAAUAAAUUUCGUAUUCCAAAGAGGAUUCAGAUGGCUUAUCCUUUCCCUGCUGAUGACAGGAAAAAGUGGGACUUACCCCCUGUGUUAGACAGUGCACUGUCCAGGUUGACAAAUAAAGUGAUUCUCCCUGCACCUGGGACGGCUUCACUAAAGGAGCCGGCAGACCGCAAAAUGGAGACUACAUUAAAAUCCAUUUAUGUUGCCAAUGGUACGCUGCUCAGGCCCACAAUUGCUUGAGUCGCGCGAUUGAAAAAUGAUCAGAAAGCUUGUCAUCAGAUAUUGACUCGAUUGAUAAAGAUGAGAUACUCAAGUUAGGGAAUAUCAAAGACGCUGACACAUACAUGCUAGAAGCCAUGAAAGAUAUUGGACUCUUGGGUUCAACAGCCGCUACCAUGGCAGUAUCGGCUAGGCGGGCGUUGUGGAUUCGCCAGUGGAACGCGGAUGCAGAUUCCAAAAAUAAUAUGGAGGCUCUCCCGUAUAAAGGUGAGGCCUUAUUUGGUGAUGGACUGGAUGCGUUAGUCUCGGCGGCUACCGCAGGUAAGUCGACCUUUUUGCCUUCUGCUCCAGCAGCGGCAAAAAAGCCAUCACUCUCACAUGCAGUCCUUUCGGCCCAAUAAAUACAAAAAGGCCAAAGGUUCCCUCAUCUUUGCAGGUAGGGGAAGGGGAAAAGGAAAGAAGUCCACAGCGGCUUCAGGAUCCCAGGAGCAGAAGUCAACACCUACUUCUGCCAAAUCUACAGCAUGACGCUGGGGCUCCCUUGUGGGAGGCCGCUCGGGUGGGGGCACAUCUAAAACUGUUCAGUCAAGGUUGGAUUCAAUCUGGCCUGGAUCCCUGGGUUUUACAAAUAGUGUCCCAGGGGUACAAGCUGGAGUUUAAAGACGUUCCCCCAUGCCGAUUUUUCAAAUCGACUUUGCCAGUUUCUCUACCGGAAAAAGAAGCAGUAACAGCGGCAAUUCAAAAAUUAUGUCAGGAUCAGACAAACCCCUCACAACAAGGGGAGGGGUUUUAUUCAAGCGUCUUUUUAGUUCCGAAGCCGGACGGCUCGGUCAGACCGAUCCUAAACCUAAAAAAUCUGAAUCUACUUGAAACGGUUCAAGUUCAAAAUGGAAUCACUAAGGGCAGUGAGUUCCAGUCUGGAGGAGGGGGACUACAUGGUGUCAGUAGACAUAAAGGAUGCUUACCUGCAUGUUCCCAUUUAUCCGCCCCACCAGGCUUAUCUGAGGUUCGCGGUUCAGGAUUGCCAUUACCAAUUCCAGACGUUGCCUUUCGGUCUCUCCACGGUGCCGAGGGUAUUCACCAAGAUGAUGGCUGAGAUGAUGGUCCUCCUUCGUCAAAAAGGAGUCAGUAUUAUUUGUUAUUUGGACGAUCUCCUGAUAAAGGCGAGAUCCAGGGAGCAGUUGCUACAGAACAUCACAGACUCCCUGUCUAUACUCCAACAACACGGUUGGAUCAUAAAUUUUCCAAAGUCACAGUUGGAACCAACGAAAAGAUUGUCUUUCCUCGGAAUGAUUCUGGACACAGAGGUUCAGAGAGUUUUUCUUCUGGUGGAAAAGGCUCUGGAAAUCCAGAAAAUUGUGAAACAUAUAUUAAAGCCAACAAGUGUGUCGAUCCAUCAGUGCAUUCGAUUGUUCGGAAAGAUGGUGGCGGCCUAUGAGGCCAUACAGUUUGGCAGGUUCCAUGCCAGAGUAUUCCAGUGGGACCUGUUGGACAAGUGGUCGGGUUCCCACCUACACAUGCACCGGAAGAUGGUCCUGUCGUCAAAAGCCAGGAUUUCGCUCCUGUGGUGGCUACACAGUUCUCACUUACUAGAGGGAUGCAGGUUCGGGAUUCAGGACUGGUUCCUGGUAACCAUGGAUGCAAGUCUCCGAGGCUGUGGAGCUGUCACUUAGGGGGAAAGCAUCCAAGGAAAAUGGUCAAGUCAGGAAACCUGCCUUCAUAUAAACGUUCUGGAAUUGAGAGCCAUUUACAACGGCCUUCAACAAGCGGUACAUCUUCUGCAAGAUCACCCGUGCAGAUCCAGUCGGACAAUGUAACAGCAGUCGCGCACAUAAACAGGCAGGGCGGAACGAAAAGCAAAGCGUCAAUGGCAGAGGCGAAAAAAAUCCUCCGCUGGGCAGAAAAACAACUACGAGCUCUGUCGGCAAUAUUAAUUCCGGGAGUAGACAACUGAGAAGCAGACUUCCUCAGCAGACACGAUCUCCAUCCAGGAGAGUGGGGCCUCCACCAAGAAGUUUUCACAGAGGUGACAAGUCUUUGGGGAGUUCCUCAAGUAGACAUGAUGGCAUCUUGCCUCAACAAGAAGCUUCAGAGAUAUUGUUCCAGGUCGAGAGACCCUCAAGCAAUAGCAGUUAAUGCGCUGGUGGCCCAGUGGGUGUUCAGGUCGGUAUAUGUCUUCCCUACACUUCCGCUGAUCCUAAAAGUUCUCAAAAUAAUAAGAACAAGAGUUUGUGCAGUCUUCAUUGCCCCAGCCUGGCCAAGGAGGGCUUGGUACCUAGAUCUUCAGGGGUUGCUCAUAGAAGACCCUCGGCCUCUUCCUCCUCGAGAGGACCUGCUACAGCAGUGGCCGUGCAUAUGUAUCAAUACUUACCUCGGCUACGUUUGACAGCAUGGUUGUUGAGCGCCGGAUCCUAGCUUGAAAGGGUAUUCCCAAGGAAGUCAUUCCCACUCUUAUUCAGGCCAGGAAAGGAGUAACGUCUAAAUAUUACCACCGUAUUUGGAGAAAAUGUGUCUUGGUGUGAAUCCAAGAAAUCUCCUGCCGAAGAGUUUCAUUUGGGACGUUUUCUACAUUUUCUACAGGCUGGUGUAGAUGUGGGCCUUCGUUUGGGGUUGAUCAAGGUCCAGAUUUCGGCCUUGUCAGCUUUUUUUUUAAAGACAAUUGACCUCUCUUCCAGAAAUUCAGACCUUCAUGAAAGGUGUUCAGCACAUCCAGCCUCCAUUUGUGCCUCCAGUGGACCUUAAUGUGGUGUUGCAGUUCCUUCAAUCGGAUUGGUUUGAACCUCUACAAGAGAUAGAGUUGAAGUUUCUCACUUGGAAAGUGGUGAUGCUUUUGGCUUUGGCAUCCGCAAGGCGGGUGUCUGAAUUGGGGCCUUUGUCUCUCAAGAGCCCUUACCUGAUCUUCCAUGAAGAUAGGGCAGAGGUUCGAACUCGUCAACAUUUUCUUCCUAAGGUGGUUUCAUCUUUCCACAUAAACCAACCUAUUGUGAUGCCAGUGGUUACUGACACGUUCUCUGACUCAGUCUCUAGAUGUCGUUAAGGUUUUGAAGAUUUAUGUCGCUAGAACAGCUAGGAUACGGAAAACAGAGGCUCUGUUUGUCCUGUAUGCUCCCAACAAAAUUGGGUGUCCUGCUUCCAAGCAGACUAUUGCAGCUGGAUCAGAGGAACGAUUCAGCAUGCUCAUUCUACGGCUGGAUUGCCGUUGUCUACGUCGGUGAAGGCCCAUUCUACUAGGAAGAGGGGCUCAUCCUGGGCGUCUCGGCAUUACAACUUUGCCGAGCAGCUACUUGGUCAGGGUCAAACACAUUUGCAAAGUUCUACAAGUUUGACACCUUGGCCGAUGGGGACCUCAAGUUCAGUCAAUCGGUGCUGUAGGGUUAUCCGCACUCUCCCGCCCCUAAUGGAGCUUUGUUAUAAACCCCAUGGUCAUGAAGUGGACCCCAGCAUCCUCUAGGACGUAUGAGAAAAUAGGAUUUUGAUACCUACCGGUAAAUCCUUUUCUCCUAGUCCAUAGAGGAUGCUGGGCGCCCGUUCCAGUGCGUACUCUACCUGCAGUUUGGUUUAUUAGAGUUACACAUGUUGUGUUAUAUUAGUUUCAGCAUGUUGCUGUACUUGGUUCAUGCCUGUUGGCGUGUGUUAUUUUGAAUGCCAUAUUGUGCAGCAUGGUUGAGGUGUGAGCUGGUAUGUAUCUCACCAUUAGUAUUAAAGUAAAUCCUUUCCUCGAAAUGUCCUUCUCCCUGGGCACAGUACCUAUAACUGAGGUCUGGAGGAGGGGCAUAGAGGGAGGAGCCAGUUCACACCCUUUGAAAAGUCUUAAGAGUGCCCAUGGCUCCUGCAGAACCGUCUAUACCCCAUGGUCAUGAAGUGGACCCCAGCAUCCUCUGAACUAGGAGAAAAGGAUUUACCGGUAGGUAUCAAAAUCCUAUUUUUGCAGUUAUACAGGUAUACCUAUCGUAUAAUAUACCUUACAUGGAAAAUGAGCAUAUUCCAUAAACACAUUAUUCAAUUAUAAGAUACAGUACAUGUUCUUUUAACAGACUUUGUACAAAUACUUCUUAUUUCUGGGAAGCAGGUCCAAUGUGUGUAAUAGAAUUGGAAUUAGCCACAAAUAAGGCUAACCAGCUUCUAGCUUGUUACCAAGGACAGUAGGUCCUAAUAUGAACAUAGAACUUAGAGAGAUUCUUCAAGAAUGUAUGAGAUUAGUGGGUGUGGUAAAAGGAUUGGGUGUAACCAAGUAUUAUAAAAUAAGUGCACCAUCAAAUUUCAAGUUAUCUUCCUGUAACCUUGAGAGAAACCAAUGCUGUCUCUCAGUCUGUACAAAGGCGUGGUCUUUGGAAUAAAUAAUUCUUUAUUAAA